AGUUCUGUAAGAUGUAAACAACGUAGUGUUUGGUAAACAAUAACGUCGCCCGCGGAUUUGUAAACCAGCUAGCUUGAUCACGUUUUAUAAUUUUAUUUUAUAUUUGAAGAUUAGUAGCUAGCUAUGGCUCAGAAGGUGGGAGGUCAUGAAUAAGUUGAUAUGGUUAGUUAGUAAGCACGUUGUCUGGGUGAACGAUAUUUUGUCAUGAUAAAUCCGACGGCUCUAGCUAACGUCGUUAUCUAGCUAAUGUAACAGCUGUCAUGUAGCUACUGUGCAAGCAAGUUAAUAUCACUGACGUCACUAGAAGAUGGAACAAGUCUUUGUAAGCCGCACACAACUAGAUAGGUAACUUGCUGGUAGCUGUUAAAGGGGCAAUCUGCGAUUCAAACAACAACAAAGCGGAGACCCCGCCAUCCAGAGAUGUUUAAUAGUCACAUGUACAGGGUUGCAGGUGUGAUUGCAGGGUACAGUGAAAAUCUUAGGCACUGAGCUCCAACAUGCAGGACUAAGUGAAAUAAAACAAUAACAUUGAAAUUAAAAAACAAAAAUAUUAAUAGAAAUAUAUAGCUGACUAGUGGUGAAAUAGCAGGUAGCUGACUAGUAGUGGCUAUUCAGCAGCCUGAGGGUAGAAACUAUUGGCCAGUCAUCCAGUUCUUGCCAUGAUGCUCCUGUACUGCCCGAGUCUGAGUGAUUGAAGCGAGGAGAACAUGGCGUGGCUACGGGGUCCCUGAUGAUCUUCUUGGCCUUCCUGCAACACCUGGCGUUGAUUUGGUACGCAGCUGGAGGAUGGUAGCCUGGUUACCAGAGAGCCCUAUUUCUGCCCAAAAUCUGUCCACUUCAGCAUAGCCUUAAUUAUUAAGCAGAUUUACCUGUGAACCCCCCCACUGUGUGCUCACUCCAUGGCUGGCCUGGGCCACAGCCGAGGUCGCGGCAAGGGGUACAUGAGCUUCAGUAUGGAGGCAGUCGGGAUUGGGAAAGGGGAGAACCUGCCCCCUUCAAUUCUCCAGCCUACACCUCUGUUCCCUCCCGUGGAACACAAGCCUGUCCCUUUGGUGAUGGGAGAGGAAGCAGAGUACAUGUUGGCACUGAAGCAGGAGUUCAGGGGAAACAUGAAGAACCUACCAUUUUAUGUCCGUCCAGCCGUCUCCAAGAAAGAUGUGGAGCGGUAUUCUGAUAAAUAUCAGAAUAGUGAGCCGUCAGACAACACCAUUGAGUGGAAUCCAGACACCUCUCUUAGUGUGGAGACAACUGUGGACCCCAAACUCAGAAAAAAGACCCGGGUGGACAAAGAGGAGAUCAUCCAUAAACUAGAGACAUUAGAGGAGGAAGUGACCUCAGAUGAAGAGGAAGGGGAGAAGAAGAAGCAGGAGGAAGAGCAGCAAGAUGGGGAGGAGGAAUAUGAUGAAGAAGAGUUUGAAGAGGAGACCGACUAUAUCAUGUCGUACUUUGACAAUGGAGAGGAGUUCGGAGGGGACAGUGAUGAAAACAGGGAUGAGGCCGUUUACUGAUACUUUGAAAAACAACAACGACAGAGAAUUGAGCAUGCCCAGGAACCAAGAGUCCUGGGAAAAUAUAUGUGACACUCCAGAACUGAGAGACACUCCAAAGCUGAGAGAAUGUGCUUUUGUUCUUAGGUCCAUCUUGUAUACAUGGCCUGAAAUGAUCUUAACUCGACACAUGAAUCUUCCAAAUAACCCAGGAUUCAGUCAGUUCCUGGCUUAAAAAAUAAUUUCUGCAGAAGAAGCAGGUUGCACAGUUCAAACCUGCAAUAGUUUUAAAUGGCUCUUAAGUGUGGUGGUGUUAUGGAGAGAGAAGUACGUCAUUCUUCAUAAGCAGACUUUGAAGAUAUAAAAUGAAGGUGUUUAACACCAAUUUGAAUGUUAUGUUGUUUUAUGUAGUUUUAAAAAGUUAUGCUUUGUAAAAGUUUUAUAUCCAUUUAAUAUCCCAAUGUUGUUUGUUAUGAAAGAGGAUUUUACUUCACUUGAAAUUCUGAAAGAAUAAAUGGCAGCUAAUUUGUAAACCACAAAGUUUUAUUUUCUAUGCUGCACAAACUGUUUUCCAACUAGAAGCUGUACUGGUUCACCAGAUGCCGCAUGAUAAUACUUAUUUCACACCAAUAGGUGGCGUAGUGCUGAAAGUUGAAGCAGCACACACAAAGAUAUCAGCAAUAUGCCAUGCUCAGUCAAUACACAUAUUUACAUAA